GGCCGCGGGGGGCGCAGCGGAGCACAGACACACAGGAAAAGACGAGCGCGCUGCAGGAUCCGUGUCACCCCGGGUUUGGACCCGUGCGGACCCAAACCAGACCCAGACAGGACCCAAACAGGACCCAGACCAGACCAAGACCAGACCCAGAGAGUCUCAGUUCCUGGUCGCCAUGGCGAUGCAGACCGUCCUAUCAGAGCGCGUGUCUUUGGCGCAGGAGCUGCUGCGGCGGGCGGAGCGUCUGACAGGUGCAGAGGGGCAGGUGAAGCUCUGUAACAAACUUCGCUCAGAACUCAAGUUCCUCCGACGCAUUCAGAGCCGCGACCUGAAGGGGGCGCACGUCUACAGCUCCAACUGCACCCAGCUCCACGCCGUGGUGCAGUCAGCGGAGUCGUUGCAGUCGGUCGUGGCUCUGCUCAGAGUUUACACUUUCACCGACGAACUUCAGAACAAGAAGAACCUCACUGUGGAUGUGGUGGCAGACGGCGGGCUGCUGUGGGUGAAGGCCGUGGGGCGUAAGGCCGAGGCGCUGCACGCCGUGUGGCAGGGGCGGGGCCAGUUUGGAGACCGCUCUGUGAUUGGUCAGGCUCGAGAGUUCUUAUUGGCUGCCUCGCAGCACCCGCUGCACUACACCCGCCCCCGCGUCCUCUUCGCCUUCUACAACGGCGUCUCCCGCCCCGUGGCCGAAGAACUGCACCGCCUCGGGGUCGGCGUGAGCGGAGAGGUCAUGGAGGUCAGGGGUGCGGAGCCAGAGGAGGCGGAGCCAGAGGAGGCGGAGCCAGAGGAGGAGGAGCCAGGUGAAGGCGACAGACGACUCCACGCUCCUCAAAUAGGCCAGGACCAGGGCCAGGACCAGAGCCAGGACCAGAGCCAGGACCAGAGCCAGGACCAGAGCCAGGACCAGAGCCAGGCGGCGGGUCUUACCUCUUCCUCAGAGCACCACUCCUCAGAUUUGCUGCAGCUCUACCAGGACUCGGACCAGGACUCGGACCAGGAUUCGGAUCAGGAUUCGGACCAGGACUCGGACCAGGACUCGGCCCCUGGGUCUCUGACCUGUCUGGACCGGUCCCGGGUGGUGUCGCGGUUGGCGUUCCCUGCUCCGGCUCCGCCUCCUUCCUGCCCGCGAGUAAACCUGGACGUGUCCACGCUUUUGUCUCUGGUGUCGUCGCUGACUCACGGGGGGUGUGGCCUGGCGUUCAGGGAGGCGGUGCUUACGGAACAGGCAGCGGACGAGCGGCGGGCGCCGAUCCUGCCGGUGCUGGAGGCGUUUAUGGCGGGGAAGGAGCUGGUGGCAUGCGCCGCGGCGGUCCGAGAUUUCAAAGAGAUCCUGAACACGCUGGGCGGGGAGAAGGAAAAGGAGCGAGCCAAUCGACUGUUGAGGCGCGUCGCCGUCGUACCCGACCAGCCUUCGCCGCGCACGCUCGCCCUCACGCCCAGCUCCGCCGUCUCGCCACGCUCUGUCGCCAUCUUUGGCACCGGCGACACUCUCCAUGCCGUUACCAUGACCGCAAAUAGGAAGUUUGUCAGAGCGGCGGCCAAUCAGGGCGUCCACUUCAGCGUCUUCAUCCACGAACCGCGAGCGCUCACUGAAGGCAAAGAGUGGAGAGCCACGCCCGUCAAGGACUAGACCCAGACCCAGGCUGGGAUCUGGACAAAGUGACUCACACGAGGAUGAUCAGAAUCACAGGAACUGAAGUGAACAGACGUUCUGUUCUGUUCAAAUAAAUUUAGUUUCAGACUUUUCUUUGUGGAGAAAUAAGUUUGUACAAAAUGUUUAAGUUUGACAUUUUCUCAAAAAUAAAACUGAAAUGAAUUCAC